CUUUCUUCACAUAAGGCAGCGUGUUCCGUUUCGCGCGUCGUUCCCCCGUCCGCCCAUCGCCGCCGAUAUUCGCCGCAUUCGAUUCCGAUUCGGAUUCCUUCUUCACUUGCAUCGCCAGGUGUUUGGAUUCUUGGGCGUUUGGUGGAAAGCACGACGCUCUCCAGCGUGAGAAUCGCAACAUUUCGAGGGGUCCAGGAAGCUGCGCGGCAGCGGCGAGGGGCGAGAGUAAAGGAGGAGGAGUUGGAGGUGAAUGUCAGUAUCUGGAUCCAAGAACAGCUGCCUGAGGAUCAUGAAAUUAUGGGCAUUGCAGAAACAAGACGUGUCGCUGAUCAACCAAAACCAAAUUUCUUCAACUACUGCAAAAUCUCUGAGACCUUGUUGAGGGAUGACAAAGUGAUAGCCAUUGGAAAGAUAACAGCCAUUGGUGAUGGUGAAAAUGGUGGCAAUGGAUCAGACAAGGCAAAAGCUGUAAGCUAAGGUGACUUGUAAUUGCCAGCAAUGAGGAAGAUUAUAAGAUGAAGAUGAAGCUAUCAGGUUCUAAGUUCAAGCAAUGAACUUGCACGGGUCCGGGAAUGGCUGCAGCUUCUUAUUCAUCAUGGACACAGUUCUCUACUUUUACAGUUAUAAUACAUUGAUAAGCUUUUCUUUUUCAAUGUAUACAUCAUGAACAUGAAUAAGUAUAUACUUUUACAUUGAAUUUUUUUAAAAAUUUUGGUUUCAUCCAAAACAUGAUGUUUGAUGUCAUGAAAUGUGUGUAUUUACUUUGAAAAUAUAUUUACUUGAUCGAGCACAACAUACUCCUUUCUAACCAAGUGAAGAUCAAUACACUGGCAAUGAUAAUAGAUAUAAAAUAUAUAUACACACACAUGCACUAGAUAAUAAUAGACAAAAGAAUUACAUAAUUCGCUACAAUUUACUUAUGUAGUUCUAUUAUAACAAAAAUAAAAAAUCAUGUCAAUUUUAUACAGUUAACUUGAUGGUAAGAGAUUAUAUUAUUUUUUUUAAAUCAAAUUUCAAACUUUUUUAAGAGUGAUUUUACAGAUAAAUUUUUAUUUAUUUAUUCGGUGCGCAUUAAUUUAUGUGCUAUUAUAUGCAAUAUUAUUAAGUGUUACAUAUAUAUAUAUAUAUACAUACUUGAUUUGAGACACUUUCUAAGAACUUUUUUAGUUAAAUGCUAAACUUGAACUGGGGGGAGAGAGAAGAAAAAGGGCAGCCACAACCACAAUCCCCGCUGUUUUUGGGUUAGCACCAUGUAUAUGUAUAAACCCAUGGCCCUGCCUCUUCGUUCUUUGUUUCUCCAAGUUGGGAUUCAGCUUUUCUCAAACAUUUUUUAUCAGAGCAAGAGCCAGCGAUCAUGGGUCUCUCAGCGCAACAUGGAAGAGUCACUGCCGAAAACUGCACCCAAGAAAGUGUUCGUCAGGGGCUCAAAUCAGCUGUCAUGACCGCAGUCAUUGUCGCUGUGCCUACUUUGGUUGCGGUUAGGACGAUUCCUUGGGCAAAGGCUAACAUUAAUCAUACCGGUCAGGCGCUCAUCAUCUCAGGAGCAUCUGUGGCUGCAUACUUCAUCACCGCCGACAAAACAAUCCUGAAAGCCGCGACGAAGAAUGCUUCCUACGAUAGAACUGCUUAGAAUCCCGAAUCUGAUGAAGAUCUGAGGGUAACUUCAAUGUUAAUGUGUUCAACUUAGUCUGUAUAUAUGAUGGGACUGGAGCUUGUUUUCCAAGUUGAAUCAGUUUAUGCAGUCUGUAGUACUACACAUUGCUGAUCUCUCUUUAUGGCAACAUAAUAAAUAAACUUGGUGCUCCUUUCAGUUAUGAUCAUACAUAA